GGACGCGGAGCUGUUCCUUGUCGCUCCUGGUACCUCCCCGGGCCGGUUCCGGCCCUGGGGCUGCCGUCGGGGCAGUCACCGCGGUGCCAACGCGGAGCUCGGGGCUGCCUCGGCGAUCGCGGAGGACGGGAGCCCCGAGGCUGCGCCGAGAUGUUUUAGGGGGCGGCGGGGAAGGGCAAGGACCGGCCGCAUCAUCACCGUGCGGGAGCCCUCGGGUCCCCCGCGGAACAGGCACCGGCCCCCCUCCCUCUCGGGCUCGCUUUGCAAACCUGAAGCCGACUUUAGCCAGCCGAGAGCCUUUGGUGUCCCCGCCGCGGGCAGCGAUGGGAAAUCCAGUGCAGUAUUAAUCCACGGAGGUGCUGUGGGGACAGUUGGCAGUACAAUGGCUUCUCAGUACCUCGUAGUGGCUCUGGCCGUUUUCUCCUCUUUUACCCAGGUUGUAAUAGAAGCCAGCUCUUGGUGGUCUUUAGGGAUGAACCCCAUGAACCCCAUGAACCCUGUUCAGAUGUCAGAGGUGUACAUUAUAGGAGCCCAGCCACUAUGUAGCCAGCUAGCAGGGCUUUCCCAAGGACAGAAGAAACUCUGCCAAUUGUAUCAGGACCAUAUGCAGUUCAUUGGAGAGGGUGCAAAGACGGGCAUUAAGGAGUGCCAGUAUCAAUUCAGACACAGAAGAUGGAAUUGCAGCACUGUGGACAACAACUCUGUUUUUGGCAGAGUCAUGCAGAUAGGCAGCCGGGAGACGGCGUUCACCUACGCGGUGAGCGCAGCCGGCGUGGUCAACGCCAUGAGCCGCGCCUGCCGGGAGGGCGAGCUGUCCUCCUGCGGCUGCAGCCGCGCCGCGCGGCCCAAGGACCUGCCCCGGGACUGGCUGUGGGGCGGCUGCGGGGACAACAUCGAGUACGGAUAUCGCUUCGCCAAGGAGUUUGUGGAUGCCCGGGAGCGCGAGCGAGUUUACCAGCGAGGCUCCUACGAGAGCGCCCGCAUCUUGAUGAACCUGCACAACAACGAGGCUGGCAGAAGAACGGUGUACAACCUGGCUGACGUGGCCUGUAAGUGCCACGGCGUCUCGGGCUCCUGCAGCCUGAAGACCUGCUGGCUGCAGCUCGCCGAUUUCCGUAAGGUGGGCGACGCCUUGAAGGAGAAAUACGACAGCGCCGCCGCCAUGAAGCUCAACAGCCGGGGGAAGCUGGUGCAGGUGAACAGCCGCUUCAACGCCCCCACCAUCCACGACCUGGUGUACAUCGACCCCAGCCCCGACUACUGCGUGCGCAACGAGAGCACCGGCUCCCUGGGCACCCAGGGCCGCCUGUGCAACAAGACCUCGGAGGGCAUGGACGGCUGUGAACUCAUGUGCUGCGGCCGGGGCUACGACCAAUUCAAGACGGUGCAGCGAGAACGCUGCCACUGCAAGUUCCACUGGUGCUGCUACGUGAAAUGCAAGUUGUGCACAGAGAUCGUGGACCAGUUUGUGUGCAAAUAGGGCACGGACGAGGUGGGAGGAACUGCAGCCACCUGCCAGCAAGGGGUGCAGGCCCCUCUCCAUUUUCGCAGGACUAUCUCCACUUUAUUUAUAGAGUCCAACGAGUUUUCGUCUUCUUUUAAG